AUGGCACCAAGGCUCACGAGCAAGGAGCUGUUGGACAGAUGUGACGGCUUUCCGUACAUGAACAGCCACCCGGAGAGAUAUGCGAGGCAAAUGGACAAGCUUUACACCCUUGUCUGGCAGGACAGCGAGGGUGUCUUUCCCAUUGGCUACAUGCUCAAAAGCGUUUUUGACGAGCUCAAGCUGGUGCCCCCUGCAAUCCGGGGCGAUAUGAUUUUCGACCCUUUCUCAAGGACAGUCAAAAUGUUCCAUAAGCCCGCCACUGAGAGGAAGCGCACGGAGCUCGCCGCGGCCACGACACGCUAUCUGCGCCUCAACCAAACUUUCAAAAUCUUGAAAGGCUGGAGGGGUGAGCUGUGGCCGGUAUACGGCCGCAAUGGGGAGCUUCUUUUCAGCAUGGAACGAGCUGCGGUUGCUCUCUUUGGGUAUAUGCGAUACGGGGUGCAUCUGAUUGCAUACGUCCACUCUCCAACAGCGCCCUACGGCAUCAAGAUCUGGGUACCAAAACGCAGCCAGGCCAAGAGCUCAUGGCCCGGGAUGUUUGACAGCACUGUGGCGGGUGGUCUCACAACAAACGAGGACCCUUUCGAGUGCGUCAUUCGCGAGGCUGAUGAAGAGGCAAGCCUGCCCGAGCAAAUAGUGCGUGAGCGCGCGAGCUUGGCAGGGCUGGUCAAGUAUAUUUAUGUGAACGACACACGAGUUGGAGGCGGGGAGGGGUACGUUUAUCCCGAGUGCCAAUGGGUAUAUGAUCUUGAGCUACCUGAUGAUAUUAUCCCUGAGCCGAAUGACGGCGAGGUCGAGUCUUUCAUGCUCUGCACUGUUGCUGAAGUGAGAGAGCAGCUGGCAGCGGGCAGGUGGAAGCCGAACUGCGCUGUCAUCAUGCUGGAUUUCUUCGUUCGCAUGGGCAUAUUGACCCGUGAGAAUGAGCCCCAAUUCGACAACAUCGACGCGCGACUGCGUAGGCAGUUGCCGUUUCCAGGGCCGCACGAUGAUGAAGAAUAG